AACUCUUAAACCAUUCCUCGCCAGCUAUGCGAGCCGGCAGCUGCGGCUGCGGCAGCGCUCACUGCGCCUGCGGCAGCAGCUGCCGUUGCGCCAGCCGAGCCAAGUUGGCUGGCGGCUGUCGCUGUGCCAGAGCGCAGCGAACGAGGCACAGGCGCAACGCCGAAUACGGCACAUUAGAGACCAUCGAUGAGGGUUCGCUGAAUGCGCUGCGCAAGGAGUACAAGCUGGGCCUGAAGGAGAUCACCUUGAGCCCGGAUGAGGAUCCGGCGGAGGCCUUGAUGCGCUACAAUGCGGCCUCGGUGCGCGAGGCUCUGGAACGCGCCAGCCAGGAGCCGUUCGAGAUAAGCGGCGAUCAGCUGGCAGCUGGCGAGACGGUUGCCAACCAGCCGGAGGAAUAUGCCACGGAGACAACGACAGCUGCCCCACCCACUGAGCGCACUGUCACCGAGCGUACGCAGCUGGAUGUGGAGAGCAGCGAGCGUUCGCAAAUGCGCGCUGAGCUGGCGGCGGCACGAAUGGAAUUCAAGAAGCUCUACAGCCUGGUCGAAAGCCUCAAGGAGCAGUUGACGCAAGCGGAGCAAAGGCUAAGGGAUUGCCGGCAAGUGGAGCCAGCCACCACGAGUAGCAGCAGCAGCAGCACUAGCACCACUAGCACCACUAGCACCACCACCAGCACCACCACAGAGAAGCCGCCAAGUGCCGAGCAUUGGACACGUCUGCUGGCCAGCAAAGGCUACGAUACCAACUAUUUGUCCAAGACGCAUGAGCAGCAGUAUGCGCAGGGCGGGCAGCUCGAUCUAUCCAAGCCUGACAGCAGCGGCGCCGGCGAUUACAUCUACCAGGAGCUGCAGCCUUACGAUCCGGAUAACAAAUCAAAGCGUGCCACUUACUCCACCAGCACCACUGAGCGCUCCCUCGGAGCGCUAAAUCAGGCGCAGCUGCUGAAUGCGGCGCUGCAUGGCAAUGCCAUCAGGGAAACCGAAACGGAGGCUGCCGCCGAUGAUGGGGCUGACACGACUACGCCCACUCCUUAUGCGCUGCGCGGUAAAUUUGUGCGCAGGCGCAGCACACGGCUGGGAUUGCGUACGACGCGUCAAGCGAAGGUAACGAAGGCCAGCGGCAAGGCGACCAAGGAGCUAUCGCUGUUGCGCGAGCGCAGUACGAAGCUCGAUCAGCUGAUCGAUGUGCUAAACGAACUCCUUCGUUUGCAGCUCCAGCGUGAAAAUGCGCUCGCCCAGAUGGCCGGCAACAGCAACAGAGUCCCGAAUCGCUCCAAGCCGACCAGCGCCACUCCGCGUCCCAGCAAAUGUUCAAAGCGCUUGCGCCGCAGACGAAAGCAGCGGCCAGGCAGCAGCAGCAACAGCAGCAACAGUUCCAUCUCAUCAUCAUCAACUAAUUAAAUAUAAUACAAAUUCCAAUCAUUAACUUUAGCAUUAAUAUAAACAUUAACAUUUUCAUUCACUAAUUUAACUUAAUUUCAUUUCGUUCAUUUU